AAAUCACCUACUUAAAAUUUCGAAUGGAAUAAAAAAAAAUGUCAUGGUGACACGAGCAAGGGCUAGACUUGAAAUGUCAGUGUGCGUGUACCUCUAACACACAGCAACACGUGUAACACAAUGUAAUAGAAAAUCGAAAGAGGAAUAGAAUAGAAAAUAAAAAAGGACCAAGAUGGAGCCCAACUCGAAAGUAUGAACACACCUAGUAACAUUUGACAGAACAAUUACUUUCAGCGUUAUGGUACAAGGUUGGUAAACAUGCACUAUAUUGCCAAAAGUUUUGGGACACCCCUCCAAAUCAUUAAUUCAGGGGUUGGGUUUGGGCCCUUAGUUCCAGUGAAAGGAACUCUUAAUGCUUCAGCAUACCAAGACGUUUGGACAAUUUCAUGCUCCCAACUUUGUGGGAACAGUUUGGUGAUGACCCCUUCCUGUUCCAACAUGACUGCACACCAGUGCACAAAGCAAGGUCCAUAAAGACAUGGAUGAGAGAGUUUGGUGUGCAGGAACAGAGUCCUGACCUCAACCCGACAGAACACCUUCGGGAUGAAUUAGAGCGGAGACUGAGAGCCAGGCUAAAACUGGGAUGUCUGCCUUUUCAGUGAAAAUGUACAUGAAUUUAAUAUGGAGUCGGCCCACCCUAUAACAGCUUCAACUCUUCAGAGAAGGAUUUCCACAAGGAUUAAGAGUGUGUUUAUGGGAAUUUUUCACCAUUUCUUUAGAAGUGCAUUUGUGAGGUCAGGCAUGUUGGACGAGAAGGCCUGCCUUAAUUAUUGCUGCUCUAAUUCAUGCUCUAAUUCUUCACAAAUACCUUGUUCUCUUGGGUCAAGGUCAGACAGGCCAGUCAAAUUCAUUCACACCAAACUCGCUCAUCCAUGUCUUUGAUCUUGACCUUGCUUUGUGCACUGGUGAGCAAUGUGGGAACAGGAAGGGGCCAUCUCCAAACUGUUCCCAUGAAAUUGUCACUCCAGGAACUAAGGGGCCAAGCCCAAUCUCUGAAAAUCAACAUCUGAAGUGAUUUGGAGGGGUGUCCCAAAACUUUUGGCAAUAUAGUGUAUCAGACAAACUGAUAUUAUCAGGAUGUGGGCGUGGCUUAAGACUUCUUCAAAGUUGCUGAGUUGGAUAAUUAAAAAGAUUUUUUUUAUUGUAACAAUUUUUUGUUGUUAGGGUUUAAGGAAUGGUGUGUUAUAGAUGUUUGUUUUUUUUUAACUGAAGAAAGAUUGACAUGACUGACAGGUCAUUUCGACCUGUAGUGUCUUAAGCAAAAAAGCCAUUGGAUGAAAUGCUUGACUGACAGGUGGAAGAUCCCGCCCAUUAAUCAGUCAAAUACACGCGAGCUCAGACGGGUGGAGUGAGUGGUCUAAAGCAGGGCAGCUGGAGGCUCGUUAACAGCUACAGUCGGAGCGCGCGAAACUCAAGCGUGGCGGCACGCGCUGCUUACGUGGCUAGGUAUGGCGGGGGCAGCAAAUGAGAAAUCGGUGCAGCAGCAUUUGUACUUCUUGAGCUGUGGCGAGGAGGACAGCAGCGACAGCAGUGUGGAAGACUGGACACCCAGAAGUGUGUCACUAAGAAGUCCAUCCUCCACUUGCCGAACACCAAGAGUGCAGCGCCACCGCACCAGGAGUAACGCCGUCUCGCCAGCUGCACCCACCUCACCAAUACCUUAUGCUGCUUGGAGGAAGCUGAGGCUCUGUGAUUCCCCCAGUACACCAAAGAGCCUACUUUCCAAGUCCGUGCUGCCUUACUCAAGCAGCAAGCCAUGUCCCUGCCAGAGAGUCCUGUGCCGGCCUGGUCUGUCUGACCAAGCGCCCUCAGUCAAUGUUAACCCUUUCACGCCAGAUACAGUGCGUAGGAAAAGCGAACACUACAAGAGGAAGAACUGUAGAAGUGAUGGUGAUGAUGAUGACUAUGAUGGCCACAGGUCAAAGGAAACUCAGACGUCGUCUGAAGAUGAAGGCUAUUUUCUUCCAUCGAAGAGACCAGCAGUGCCAGCCCUCAUGCUGUCGCGUUAUGAGAGCGAGUUCCUGGAACUGGGCCGAAUCGGUGUGGGCGAAUUUGGUGCAGUGUAUCGCUGUGUGAAGAGGCUGGAUGGCUGCAUGUACGCCAUUAAACGUUUGCGCAGGCCACUUGCAGGUUCUGCCAAUGAGCAGCUGGCCUUAAAAGAGGUAUAUGCCCAUGCUGUACUGGGACAUCACCCACAUGUGGUGCGCUACUAUUCUGCUUGGGCUGAAGAUGACCAUAUGAUCAUUCAAAACGAGUACUGUGAUGGUGGGAGCCUUCAUGAUGUCAUAACAGAGAAGAAAGAACAGUGUGAAUUAUUUCAGGAGCCAGAGCUGAGGGAUCUGCUGCUUCAGGUCUCAAUGGGACUAAAAUACAUCCAUGCGUCAGGCCUGGUGCAUCUGGAUAUCAAACCCAGUAACAUAUUCAUCAGCCAUCAGCCAAACUCCAGUGCUGGUGGAGCGGGAGACAGUGACGAGGAAGAUAAUGGACACACUUCAUCAGGGGUAGUUUAUAAAAUUGGGGAUCUGGGUCACGUGACCUCCACCUCAAGUCCUCAGGUGGAGGAGGGGGACAGCCGCUUCUUAGCAUGUGAAGUUUUGCGAGAGGACUACACACACUUACCCAAGGCAGAUAUCUUUGCCUUGAGCCUGACGGUGCUGUUAGCAGCUGGAGCUCAACCACUGCCUCAGAAUGGAGAUGAGUGGCACCGCCUCAGGCAGGCUCACUUACCCAGCCUGCCCCAAGAGUUAACACCAGCCUUAGGAAAUCUUCUACAGACAAUGCUGGACCCAGAUCCUGCUGUGAGGCCGUCUGCGUCUGCACUGUGUAGGCACCCGGUGCUGCGCAGAGAAAGAGCUGGAAAACUGGCUGCACAGCUGCGCAGAGAGCUCAAUGUGGAGAAGUUCAGGACAGCCAUGCUGGAAAGGGAACUCCAGGAGGCUCGGUUAGCAGCUGUCUCACCUCAACAACCUGCUCUCACCACAGGAUUCAUGAAUUCGCAAGCUGGAUCACUUCCCCGAACUGCACGGAGGCUGGUGGGCCGAACCGCAGCUCGCUCCAUGAGCUUUGGCUGCCUGGGGCACUGAACCUAGCCUAAUGGGCAUAACUGGGCUGGAGAUGUGUGGAUAUUUAUUCAUGAUGUGAAUUUAUCCAGACUGUUACGCUUCCAGUGGAAGUGGUCUGUUUUUUUUUGUUUUGUUUUUUACUUAAAUGUUUUAUCCUUGUAAAUAAAGAUUUUA